AUGGCGCCAGCCGACCAGAUGAUCACCUCCGACUCUGGACCCUACGUUCAGGAGAAGGCUCCUUCCUCCGACGACCAAGUCAAAGGCUACGACAAUCCCGCUCACAAUUCUUCCCUCAAGGAUGCUAACCAAGAUGCUCGACCUGAAGAGCGUCAGCUCCACCGUGCUCUCAAAGGUCGUCAAAUUUCCAUGAUUGCCAUUGGUGGUGCUCUUGGUACUGGUCUCAUUAUUGGAACUGGUUCUGGUCUCGCCAAUGGCGGUCCGGCUUCCAUCCUCAUCUCUUACACCGUCGUUGGUUUUUGCUGUGCAGCUGUCAUGUCUGCUCUUGGUGAAAUGUCUACUUACAUGCCUCAUCCACGGGGUUUCGCAGGCCACGCUUCUCGAUUCGUCUCUCCCGAAUUCGGUGUGGCUACCGGAUACAACUAUCUUUUCAAGUACCUCGUCGUUACUGCAAACAACGUCAACGCAUGUGCCUUGGUGAUUUCCUACUGGAUCAGCAGCAGCCAAGCUUCAGGAGGUAUUUGGAUCGCCAUCGUCACCGUUCUGAUCAUUGCACUCAACUUUGGUGGACCUAAAUGGUUCGGUGAGGUGGAAUUCUGGCUUUCAUUGGUCAAAAUCGUCACAAUGACCGGUUUGAUUAUUCUACUUCUCGUCAUUGAUCUUGGUGGAUCGCCUACUGCAGACAGAAUCGGUUUCAGAUACUUUCAAGAUGGUCUUGCUUUUCGAUCUUACCCUCGAACCUCGGGAUCCAAAGGAAUGUUCCUUGGAUUCUGGUCCACCAUGGUGACUGCAUUGUUCGCUUACACGGGAACUGAACUUGUCGGUGUUACGGUUGGUGAAGCUGCCAAUCCUCGCAAAUCAGUCCCUUCUGCUAUCAAAAAGACCUUUUUCCGUAUCGUCUUUUUCUACGUCCUUGGGGCCCUCUUAGUUGGAAUGGUCGUCCCCUCCAAUGCACCCGAACUGCUCGCCGCUAACCGAAGAGGAACCUCAGCCGCCGCUUCCCCCUUUGUCGUCGCUAUUGUCCGUGCCCGCAUCCGCAUUUUACCCGAUAUCAUCAACGCUGCAAUCCUAAUCUUUUGCAUCUCGGCGGCAAACUCGGAUCAAUACAUCGCAGCGCGUACCCUCUACGGUUUAGCUAUCGACGGUAAAGCUCCUCGAAUCUUCCGCCGCGUAGAUAGACGUGGUGUUCCUUACGUCGCACUUUGCGUCACCGCGCUAUUCUGCGCGCUAGCCUUUAUCAAUCUCGCCUCUGGUGGUGCCCAGACAUUCUCCUACCUCGUUGCAUCCGUUACAAUGUUCGGUGGUCUUACAUGGAUCUGCAUCUUGAUCUCGCAUAUUCGAUUUAUGAAAGCUAUGAAAGCUCAGGGAAUCUCGCGUUCCACUCUACCCUGGCAAGCUCCAUUGCAACCUUACUCCUCCUACAUGGCUGUUGUCUUUACCUCGAUCGUCGUUUUCUUUAAAGGUUGGAACUCGUUCUUGUUCGCUUUUAACUGGAGGACCUUUGUGACCAACUAUAUUGGACUACCGAUCUUCUUCUUGAUCCUGAUCGGAUGGAAGUUGUGGCACAGGACAAAGAUCUACAAGCCGGAUGAGGUUGAUCUCUUGACAGAUGUCAGAGAGUUUGAUCAACAGGAUGAAUUCAUCUGGAAAAUGGAUGAAGAAAGGGUAAAGUCCGAGGUGGCAAAUGCACCAGUCUAUAAGAAGGCUUGGGUUUGGGUUAAGAAUUGGUAA